AUGGAAAACUUUUCAAGUGUCCAAAAAAUCGGAGAAGGAACAUAUGGUGUUGUGUAUAAAGCUAGAGAUAGAAUUACUGGGAAAGAAAUAGCAUUGAAAAAAAUUAAACUUGAAAAUGAGCCAGAAGGAGUACCAUCAACGGCUUUACGCGAAAUUUCAGUAUUGCGCGAGCUAAAUCAUCCAGCAGUAGUACGUCUACUAGAUGUACUGCUUGCUGAUACAAAGUUAUUCCUAGUGUUUGAGUUCCUUCAUAUGGACCUCAAGAGACUAAUGGAUCUAACAAAAGGUCCCCUUAAAUUAGAUCUAGUCAAGAGCUACCUGAAGCAGCUGCUGGAGGGCAUCGCGUACUGCCACGCGCACCGCGUGCUGCACCGCGACCUCAAGCCGCAGAACCUGCUAGUGGACACGGAGGGCCACAUCAAGCUGGCCGACUUUGGGCUCGCGCGCGCUUUCGGCAUCCCCGUGCGCGCCUACACGCACGAGGUCAUUACGCUCUGGUACCGCGCGCCCGAGAUACUGCUCGGCGCCAAGUUCUACUCCACCGCCGUCGACGUCUGGAGCUUGGCCUGCAUAUAUGCAGAAAUGGCGAGCGGACGCACGCUGUUCCCAGGCGACAGCGAGAUCGACCAGCUGUUCCGCGUGUUCCGCGCGCUGGGCACGCCGGGCGACGCCGUGUGGCCGGGCGCGCGCCUGCUGCCCGACUACCGCGCCGCCUUCCCGCGCUGGGCGCCGCGCGACGCGCGCCUGCUGCUGCCGGCGCCCGCGCGCGUCGCGCCGCACGCCGCCGCGUUCUUUGAAGCCAUGCUGCGCUACGAGCCCAGCGAGCGCGUGUCGGCGCGCGCCGCGCUGCUGCACCCCUACCUGCAGGACGCGCGCCUCGUGCCGCCGCCGCUGCCCGCGCCCUCGCCGCCCGCCACCCCCACACCCUGCUCCCCGCCCGAUCUACGCUUCCAUGAUCUC